AUGCCUCACAAAAGAGUCAGCACGCACAAGCGCCUCGCCUCUCGGCAGGGCGCGAGCGACAAGGCUCCGGACGCCAAAGUCAUGCGAGGUCACUUGUCCGACGUGCCCAAGUCUGCGAUGAGAAUACUGCAGGCUGGCAAAGUGAGGGAGGAUUUCCGUAGCAAGAUGCACCUGCCAGGUAUGAGAAGGAGCGCAGAGGACCUUGGACCGAAAGCCAAAAGGGAGGCUAUGAAACAGCAAAAGGCGGAAGGGGGAGAAUAUGGAAAGGCAUCAGCAUCUACAUCAAAUUUGACACUGCGAGAAGGCGAAAAGCUGGGCGAUUUCAAUAGGAGAGUCGAAAUGGCCAUGGCGCCGAGAUUGCCAUCCAAGUCCAGCCGAAAGAGAAAGAAGCUGGCAGCUGAGAGACAGGCUGCGAUCGAUGCUGGUGGAGACCCCGCUGCACACGUGUGCAAGGAUCCGAGUAGGUGCUUGGUGCAUCAGCAAUUGGCACACAAAGCUCGUCUUGCUGGCGAGGAGAAUGAGGAUGGCCAGAGCAAGAAGGAGAAGAGAUUCGCGAAUCGCGAACCGGGAAAGGCGGAUUUGGCGCGAGCCAGGGCUUCGUUGGAAAAGGCUAGUGCGGGUAAAGGUGGCGCAUUGGCUCGAUCGAACAACGUUUCUGACGAAGAAGAAUUGGACUUUGCACCUCGACCGCAAGGACGGCGCUUGAAUGACGUCGCUCAAGCACCACCCACACUUACAAGGGCUCCUCGAGGUCAAGGCGAAGCGGCAAAGGCGAGAAAGAGAAAGUUGGCGGAAGCGUUGGGAGCCAGCGUACCUGAAGUCGACGCUAAGAAUGUCAGACUACCAGACCCCGUCGUCGGCAAGAGUCGGAGCGGCGUCAAUGUGAGGAGAGAAGAAGAGCUGGAAAAGGAACGGGAGAGGGCCAUUAAAGAGUACAGGAGGCUCAAGUUUGGGAGAGAAGCGAGGGGUAUGUGA